AUGUCUUUUGGCGGUUACUAUCUUGGUCAGAUUCGAGAACUGGAUUCCCAGACGCACAGCCGACGUGCAAUGAACGAACGGAUAUACUUCGACGGCGCUUUGCCGUCCGAAAAACGACAAACACGGCUCCUUCGAUUGGAAAAAUCAAGGAGGAAACUUGAAUUACUUCGCCUCAAACCCCAGGGUGCCCUCCAGAGCUCUAGUGGGUAUAGCGGCAAGCGUGCAAUAGCUCUUGAAAAAGUUCUACAGGGCCGGACCUUACCUGCAAGAUAUAAUGAUUUCCCAGAGAGCCCCUUUAUGGUUCCUGCGGUGUUUGAGGAUCUCAAACAUAGAUGGAAUAGAGAGAACAUCGUGACUGUAGCGAGAGAUGCCCUGUCCAUGCAGUUGAUUGAGAUCAAAGAUUUUCCUUGGGCGGAUAUUACUGUAAUGGUUCCUGGAGAAGCCGAUGCUUAUUGUGCCUACAUCGCAAAAUGUAUAAAUUCCUCCAUCCUAACAAAUGAUUCAGACCUUCUUCUCUAUGACCUAGGGCCUCGGGGCUCUAUCAUUUCCCUGGACUCAAUCGAGAUUGUUGGUUGGGACCCUCUCAGACCAUCAGAACGGCAAAUAAGAGCCACGAGUUUGAGUCCAGCAUUGGUUGCUCGCCGAUUGGGAAUUCCAGAUAUUUUGCGCUUUGCUUUUGAACUUAAGACACACCCAGAUGCGGGAACAGCAGAGCUAGUCCAGAGAGCAAACACUCACGAGGGACCCGAAAACACAUCGGACUAUCAAACUUUUAUCCAAGAAUAUCAAAAAGACAUGCAUAAAUUUGAAGCGACCAACCCACAACGCGUGCCGCAUCUUGAUGCAAGGGUCUCGGAGUUAUUCUGGCAGUUUGAAUGGCGACAAGUUCACAUGGUCCCAGAGGCCCCGCACAUGUACCUUGCAAUUUUGAACGAGGACCAUGCGAGGCGUUGUGCAUGGGCUGAAGGCCGUUUGUACAGGACCCUGGCAUAUUCAGUCUUAAACGCUUCUCUCCCGGUUUCCAAAAGAGUUGACUUCAUCAAUGAAUUCGCCCGACGGGGAGGGAGGAUAGCUGUGGAUAAGGUGGUCCUUGGCAGUGAAAAUUGGAUCAAGACUGAAACAAGAUGCCUCUUAAUCCGCCUGAGAUCAGUACAGGAGAAGGUUGAGGUUGAAACAACUUUACCAGCAUACUGGAUCAUAUUUGCGCUUUGUGAUCUCCAUGAGGCAGAUUCAAACCUUGUAACCCUUGAUCAUGCGCGACUGAACCGCUUUCUUACCAUGGGACAUAUGAGUAAGAAAUUUGACUGGAAGGAUAUUCAGCUCACUGCACAGAUCCAGGCAGUGCUAUACUCACUACGAAUUCUAGGACAACUACUUGAGGGCUCAGUGGAUACUUGUGACAAUAUGGUGGAGUUGAAAUCCAUACUUAGCAAUCUGCCUCCACUACAUAUGAUCAUGGGACCGACGUCUAGCAUGAUGGAUGAGACGCUUAAGAUGUCUUGUGUCAGUGCACUGGUGCAUCGACUUGUGCAAGUCUUGGGAAAAGAAGAAACCUGCAGUGAGAUUCCCGAUGCUGGGUUAACAAGCUCAAUGGCUUCGCAACAGUAUAAGCCUAGAGUAGGUAGCCCUAGGUCCCCACACAAGAUAGACAACAUAUAUGACCUGUUGCCCAUGGAAUAA